UCUACCAAAAUAACGAAAAAUCGUAUUUCUCGCAGGAAAUUACAGAUCACCAUGGAUUCUUCGGAUGAUCAAUCUGAACAGGAGCAGUCGCAGUCCGAGGAAGAUUCUGUCGUCGACGAAGAUAGCAGUGCCGAAGAUGAGGACGAUGAUGAUGAGGAGGAAGACGAUGUGCCUAAACUCGCGGAUAAAGAGUUCAAAGAAAUCCCCUUUGAAGAUUUGCUGAAACUGCAACAGAAACUGGGAACUCGCGUUUACAAUGAAGCGAUCUUCGGAAAGGUAGCCAGCAAAUCGAAACCCGUUGAAGCAGAAAAGAAUGCGAAAAAGCGAAAACCCGAACCAGAGAAAACAGACAGCGAGUCCGACGAUGACGAUAGUGGUCCCGAAGAGAUAAGCUCGCGAAGAAAAAUGCCUACCUUUGCGAAAGUAAGGCGAGGUAAUAACGAUGAAUCGACGGAACAACGCCCCAGAGAUCCCCGGUUCGAUCCCAAGCAAGGUUACUUCAGUGGCCGCAAGUUCCGCCAAGACUAUGGUUUCAUUAAUGAUCUGCGAUCGAAGGAGCUGAAAAAAUUGCAAAGCCAACUGAACUCUGCGGCGGAUCCGGAAGAGGCAGAAAAGAUUAAGUUUGUCAUGCGUCGGACGGAGAACCAGGUUCGCGAGUAUGCCAAGCAGAAGCAGCUGGAUGAGGCACGAAUGCAGGAAAAACAGCAAGCCCGGCAGGCAAUUAGUGAGGGUAAACGACCGUUCUACGAACGCAAGAGUGCCAAAAAGGCCCGCGAUUUGGUGCAGCAGUACGAUAAGCUCAAGGAGGAUGGCAAACUGGCGAAACACAUCGAUAAGCGCCGGAAGAAAAUAUCGGCCAAAGACAGGAAAAAGCUCGAUUUUGCUACGUAACGGCCAACUUUAUGCUUUAUUGCUACAGCUCCAUCUAAUAAAUUCCUCUAACCAACACGCAA